UGCUGGUGGUAGUUUUGCCAUGUAUUCCCGUUGUGUGAACUUUCAAAUAGCCCAUCGCCUGCGCUCUGCCAGCGCCGAGGUUCGGGGCAGCAGCCGAAUUAAGCUUAUAAACCUUAGGCAAAUAACGCAAAGAGAACAGAUAGUUCUCCUCUCUGGUGUGCCAUCUGAACCUGAAAAACAGAAGGAAAGUAAAGAAGGUGGGGAGGAUUCGAAAUCUUGGAGAGAAAAUCCGAAUCUUAAAUAUUGGAUCAUUGGGACACUGGGGAUUUCUGGCGCUAUUUAUCAGUACGUUUACAGAAAUCAUGAGAAGAAACGUCUGCGAGUGAAAUCACUGCCUCUGGCACCCAGUCAUUAUGUUCACACGCGUGAAAAAGAUCUGACAGCUCUUUCCUCACUCCACGCUCGACUGAAAAAGAGUGAGUCAUUAACUGAUCUUCACAUCGUUGGUUGUGCUGGCUCAGGAAAAACAGAACUUGCUCGAGCAUUUGCUGAGAAACUCGCUAAAAAUGAAGAGGAAAGGUACACUUUUCUUCCAGGGAAUCUCUUAUUUGGUACUUUGAAUGGUUCAUCGGUAGAUAGUCUUCUUUUUGAUGUAAAACGAUUUGCGAUUUCUGUUGGUUGCUUGGAGAGCAAUUGGACAUCAAAAGCCGGCGAGGGUGUGUAUUUCAACAGUCUGCCCAAAGAAGAGCAGCUUGAUUUCUUUGUUGAAGCUGUCAAAGACAAACUUAACGAGAGCCAGGGAUGGGUUCUCAUAUUGGAGAAUGUAGAGGACAGUGAAGUUCUAAAUCGAUGGUUUUCCAACAAUUCAGCGAACAGUUGGGGUAAUGGAACAAUUCUGGUCACUAGAGAAAUUGAUCCAAACAGGGAUUUAUUGAUGAACAAUGCUUACAGUAUUGAUGCAGGAAUGGAUGUUGAGGAUGGAGUGCAGCUUCUUUCAAAGUUAAGUGGAUUAGAGGAAGACAAGAUGACAGCAGCUAGAGACAUUGUGACACUGCUAAAUAGCAUUCCUCUGGCCUUGACAUGUGCUGGCCAUUACAUGCAGUCAAAGGCUGCAAACGAUCCUGACUAUUCCAGCACAGACUUUUUGAAUGAGCUCAAACUAGAGCUGCAGAACUUUACAAAGGCUAAUGGUGAGACUAGCCUGGGUCCAACUCAUGUUGUAGUUACCAUGGAAACCAAGAAUCUUGUUCGAGAAAAUUGUCAUCUCCUCCAUGCAUUUGACUUCCUGGGCACCUGUACAUCUGACUGGCCAAUUCCCAUUACAUUGAUUGCGCUUCAUUUAAGGUCGCCCGAUUUCAAUCUACCGCCUGUGGUUGGCAGUGGACCAGCUCUACCAAGCCAGAAACCCGCUGAGGUCAAAAAGGAAGAUGGUGCUGGAGAAGAAGUAGAAGAAAUGUUUUUAUCCAUCAAGAAGCUGGCAAAAAACCUUGAGUCCUUUAUGACAGCGGUGAAGGAUAAUGUGGAUGCCAUCAAAGCAAUGCUCAAUCCUGAGCUGCCUGACAUGCCGCAGAUGGUGGAUGGAGUGGUUGAGAUGCUCAAGGCGUGCCCCUUGGUUUCUGUUGUGAGAAUGGAGCCUAUGGGUGUUGAGACAGUGGUCGUUAGCCCUUUGGUGCAUUCAGUGUUUCAGCAACUCUUCUUGUCCAGGACAAUGCACCAGCUUGAAGCAGAAUAUCUGGCAAGGGCGGAAGACAAGCACAACACUAGCUCGUGGUUCCGCCGCUUGUGGAGUUUUAACGCUCAAAGGACGCUUCAGGAAUAUCGUAACUCCCUUGGUGAAGUGUCUCAAGAAGAAGCUGUAACCUUAAAAGAUAACGCACCUGAUAGCGGGCUAUUACCAACAUGUACUGGGCCAAUUGUCAGUGUUUUGUUGCAGGAGAGCGAGCUGGAGAACAGGGAAGAGUUUAGAAAGAUUACGACCCGGGACGCAGUUCGACACUGUCAGGAGCAUACGGCGCGAAUUUUGAAAACCAUUAAUGGAGUUGCUUCGGUCUGCGGGCAGGACAACCAAACGCGAACUCUCGCCAGGCUUCUCAAGCCCCACCUUGAUCACAUAUUAGCCUCUGGCACGUCGAAGAGCCUGGGGCCUAAAAGUCGUGCCCAUGCCAUUUCGGCCGUAGCAUCCAUCGACGCCUCUUUGGGGAAUCUGGAAUCCAGUAAGGGCCUACUGGAAGAUGUCCUGGCGAUUGAAAUGCAGCUGUAUGGUGAAUCGAGCCUUGAGGUUGCCUCCACACUGACGCGCUUAGCGGAUGUCUACAGUUCGUUAGACGAUCUGCAAAAGUGCAGAGAGCUUCUCGAGAGAGCGAUUCAAAUUUACGAAUCGCAACGAAGGAAGUUUGGUGAAUACAAACAACCCCUUGAUUACGCUCGCAAUCUCUCUGCCCUCGGCGCCACAUACGGGAGUUUAGGUUUCAAAGAAAGAAGUCGCGACUACAUCGAGCGAUCCUUUUCAAUCCUGCAGUCAGCGGCACCCACCAACCCGGAUGAAGUCGAAGCCCGCAGGUUCACCAGCGACGUGGCCAGCACUCUUACUGAUCUGGGGCACGCGUACCUUUCGCUUGGCGAAACAACUCCAGCGCGGCGCUUUUUAGACAUGGCCCUGAACGGACAUAAGAAUAUUCACGGAGAUGAACACUCAGAGGUUGUUCGCACCUUGACUGUGCUCGGAAUUGCGUACACCAUGCAGGGAAACUGGCCUGAGGCAAGGAAAAUGAGAAAAGAAGCUGGCAAGCUUCAGGCCAAACUUGAUGCCAAGCCGUUGAUUUAGCAAUUCUACAAUGCGUCAGGAUGAAGCAGUGCCGAUUUUUUUCGUUUAAAAAAUAAUGUCUUCUAAUCUUCCCGUAUUCUAAUCCAAAAAUCAACAGUUAAGAGCGAUCAGGUCGUAAAUUCAGUUCCUCCUCACAUUUCGUAACAAAUUCGGCAUGCAUCUCAGGAGUUGAGAACCUGAUGGGUUGGAAAAAUGUUUCCUUUGUAGCCAAACUCUUUCGAGGUAAAUUGUAACACACGUAUGAAAAAGGGAAGAGACUUCAUGUGAUAAUUCUAAUCUCAUAAAGCUUUUACGAUUCUAGUGACCGUGAUCAAGUGAAAAAUGUUCUCUGACACUGUUUCAUCGCUGUUUUGUGGGAGUUAGUUUCUGAAGUGAAGUCUCGAAGGACGCUGAUAACUAAACUUAAAAUGACAUUACCGCAAUCGGCCAAAAAGGGAUUCUUAGAAAUAAACUUUGAACUUCUUUUGAUGUGAUUUCUUAUUCAGGUGAAUCAAGGUAGUUUUCGAAUUCACAGAGUGAAUCAAUUCUCGACUUUUCGUUGACCAUUUUCUAUAUAAAUAUAUUGUUGUUCUCCACUGGUCUUUCUCCGUUUAAAAAUCGUUUAUGCGUAUAGUAGACCAUAUUUCUGUUCUCCGUAUUGGAUUGAAACUAGCUUGCAACCGAGGCUAAUGCGUGGAGUCUUUAAUGAUAUUCCCUCGCAUGAGCCUCUAUUGCAAGCUAGUUCCAGUCCAAUCACUUUCAUUACGCGGUCGAAGUCUCGAUAGAGUCAUCUUUCAUUUUACAUAUUGCAAAGUGGUGGAUAGAAUCAUGUUUAGUUUGAUGUUGUUCUGGUAUGGUCCUCUGAAUGAGGGCAGACCUGGAAAAGACUGCCGUUCUGACCGACUAAGUAAACGUCCUCGUCAGAUUCAAGGGAGGAAAACUUAUUUUGUCACUUCAAAGAGCACUUUUUCUGGGUUUGUCGACACCCGAACAGUACUUUCAUUCAUACGAUCUCUCGAGAGCUUACCGUUUAUCCUGCAUAAGUUCAAAUCAUUAGGGAAUGUUGCUUAGAAAUCAGACUUGAGGGAGAUUAUAAGUUUCGAGGACUUUAAGCACAUAAUAAAGAUUCCAUAUGAUAUUUAUCAA